ACCGCCGCCGAGCCGCGGGCCAGCGCCGCCGGACGGGGCGGGUGGUGCCGCGGUGCCCGGCGCGGUGCUGUGUCCGUCGCCAUCCGCUGCCGCUGCCCCCUUCGAGGUGCGCGGAGCUGCCCCGCCCCGCCCCGUCCCGUCCCGUCCUACGGCGGGGGCGAUGCUCCCCUCGCUGCGCUGCCCGCGGAUCCCUCCCAGCUGAUUCGUUUUAGACGGUUUGCCCGGCGCGAGAUCAUCCCCGGACAGCCCCGCAUCCCGGCGGCAGCACCGAGUCUCGGCGAUGCGCAUUUUGGGCAGGAGAUGCAUCAUGCUGCCUGCUGGAGCCCAGGGAGGAGCAUCAUCAAAAUGAAGGAUGCCAGAGGCUUAAUUGGUCUUUGAGGAUCAGCCCCCAGCUCGGUUUUGUCUUCAGCUCCUUUCCACUGUAGUCGUUCCCCUGGGUCUGAAGAAUUGGUAUGAAAAAAGAGUUUCCCAUCGCAGCUCCAAGACUGACCCUGCUGAGAGCCCCUGAGAUACUGAACUCUAUGAGCGGAGACCACUUGACAGCACUCAGCACCUUUCAGGAUCAGGCUCUAGGAAAUGGUCAGAGGAGCAAAAGGAGCAUCACCAUUUUGAAACCAAACCAAGGGUACUGGGCACUAAAUGAGAAUAUGGCCAAUGGCAUUGAAGAUCUUAUCGGGAUCCCAUUCCCGAACCACAGCAGCGAGGUCCUGUGUGGUUUGAACGAGCAGCGGCACGACGGGCUCCUCUGCGAUGUCAUCCUCAUCGUGCAGGACCAGGAGUACCGCACCCACCGCUCCGUCCUGGCUGCCUGCAGCAAGUACUUCAAAAAACUCUUCACUACCGGCACUUUAACAGACCAGCCCUAUGUUUACGAGAUUGACUUUGUCAAGCCUGAAGCACUUUCUGCCAUCCUCGAGUUCGCCUACACCUCAACCCUCACCAUCACCACCUCAAACGUCAAGCACAUCCUCAGCGCCGCCAAGAUGCUGGAGAUCCAGAGCAUCAUCAACGUCUGCCUUGAAAUCAUGGAGCCCGACAGGGAGGCCGAGGAGGAAGAUGACAAAGAGGACGACGAUGACGAUGAAGACGAAGAUGAAGACGAGGAGGAAGAGGAGGAGGAGGAAGUUGAAGAUUUUGUCAAUCAGGAGAACCUAGCUGAUGUACAAGAAGUAAGCUGCCACCAAAGCCCUUCUGAGUCCGAUCUCACCGAAGAAGCUUAUACAGAAGCACCUAAAGAUUUUCCAAAUCACUUCCCAGCCAGUAACUCCUCUGGACACUUGGGCGUGAUACGAGACUUCUCCAUAGAGUCCUUGCUGAGUGAAAACUUGUACCCUAAGGCAAACAUCCCAGAACGGAGGCCAGCUCUGUCCCCUUUCGCCCCCAGCUUCUUCCCCCACCUGUGGAACGGCGACUUUAACUCCUUCUCCCAGCUCGAGGAGCCACAGGUAGACAACGGCCCCUUGGAUCUGGUGAUCAAAAAGAGGAAGAUCAAGGAAGAGGAGGAGAAAGAAGACCUGCCUCCUCCUCCUUUCCCUAAUGACUUCUUCAAGGACAUGUUUGCCAACACUCCAGCAGCUCCCUUAGGGCAUAUUAAGGCAGAGACUGACUACAGCGCUUAUCUUAAUUUCUUAAGUGCUACCCAGUUUGGAGGAGUUUUUCCCCCAUGGCCCCUGGAGGAAGAGAGGAAAAUAAAACCCAAGGCAUCCCAGCAGUGUCCCAUCUGUAACAAAGUCAUCAUGGGAGCUGGCAAGCUGCCCAGGCACAUGAGGACCCACACGGGGGAGAAGCCCUAUAUGUGCAAUAUCUGUGAAGUUCGCUUUACCAGACAGGACAAGCUCAAAAUCCACAUGCGGAAGCACACGGGCGAGCGGCCGUACCUGUGCAUCCACUGCAACGCCAAGUUCGUGCACAACUACGACCUGAAGAACCACAUGCGCAUCCACACGGGCAUCCGGCCCUACCAGUGCGAGUUCUGCUACAAGAGCUUCACCCGCUCCGACCACCUGCACCGCCACAUCAAGCGCCAGAGCUGCCGCAUCGCGCGGCCCCGGCGCGGCCGCAAGCCGGCGGCGUGGCGGGCGGCCGGCCUGCUCUUCGCCCCCGGGGGCCCGCCCGUGGAGAGCAGCUUCGUGAUGCCGCCCACGCUGGAGGAGAUGAGCAGCCACCUCGGCAGCACGGCCAUGUGCCUUCCCGGCCCCAGCCCCAAACACUUCCUGAGCGGGGCCAAGACCCCCUUCAGCCUGCAGGAGCUGGAGAGCCAAAUUGAAGAAACCCAGAUGAAGCUCUUCAGGCGGGCCCAGAUGGACAUGGAGAGGAACGCGGGCAUCUUCGCCUUCGCCCUGGGCCACAAUGAAAACCUCGCUGCCCAACCCUUCUUCCCUCUCCCCGACCCUUGGAGCACAGGCUUCAGUGGCUUGGCGGGGCUUGGCCACGUGGCUCCCAUCUCAGAGGCCAGCAACUAAACCCGCCAUGCCCGGUCCCACCAUGCGUCUAAUCCCAUCCCAAGAAGGCAGCCCGCUCCCCUGGGCUCCCACCCGCCCUUCUCCAUCAUCAGGCUCCCGAGCUGCUCUUUGUCCUCUCACUGCCAUGGCCUGCCAUGGGGCGUGGGGCACGAGGCCGUCCCUGGGGCGAGCAGGGCAUGGGCAGGUGCUGUGCCCGAUGGCCACCGGCACUUUAGACUCUGCACUUGGCUUUGGGGCCGUCAGGCACUCUCUGUCCCAUCCUUCCGCUCAUGGCUCCAUCUGGGAAGGCCAGGCCAGGACUGCUGCUCUCUUCAACACCCCCAAAAAUGUCACUUGCCUUAGUCCAGGGCUCGGCCAUCACCACGAGAUGGCUUUUCUGUGGGAAAUGUUCCCCAUUUUCCCACACAAGGAGCUCACUGGACACUGACAAGCCGUCCAGACUUGAGUCUGUUAUGUUGCAUUCCUUGGCCCUUUUGGUCAAAAGGACUUUCCUGUUUUCUUUCAGGUUUUGUUUUCUUUUCUUCUUUAUUAAUUCCCAUGUCUGGCAACAAUAUUUAUUCUACAAGCGAUAAAGGGGAGGUCUAGCAGCCUUACUGAGAGAGGGAGGACACUGGCCACUGCCUUUCUCAGCAGUAUAUCAGAUUUACAGGGCUGGUGAAAGCCCUGACCUGCAGCAUGAGUUGGGACCUUAAAAACAUUAAAAAAAUUUUAAAAAAAUUAAAAAAAAAAAAAGGAGAUCGAACACCUAGCGCAAAGCUGGGUGGAAAAGGGGGAUUUUACUUAUUUUGGUUCUUUAGCUAUUUCAAAGUUUCAAAAGGAGAACCAAAGCCUAUUUUGAGUAUUUUAACUUCAGUUGCUUGAAAAGGUGAAGGAAGAGUUUUGGAAGAAUCAGUAAUAUUUCGAUACUGAGCUUUUAUUAAACCCUUGCUUUGAAAAAAUGAACCAGUGGGAAUUUUGAAAUGAAAAAGUCGUUUCAAACCAAAGAGUCAGAAUUCGCUGCCGCUGACCAUUCUGAAAUGUCUGGGUUCUGUCCUCAAUUCCCUCAAAUUCUUACAUGAUAGUGAUGAGAAAAAUUUACAAAACACUCGCGUGUCCCCAAAUCUGCAGUGUUGGUGGGAAAAAUUCGGGUGUGCAAAUGUCCCUGCUGCUUGUCUGAAGGGAUCUUUGUGGAAAAGAAGCUCACUACUGGUGUCUUGAUGGUGAUAUCGUCUAUUUGCCAGCAAGUAGAAAUGCUCUUUUUUCACUGUAGUUGUUUUGAAAGAGAAGGUGGUGACAUAUGACAGGGUUGAAGUCACCCACGGAGGCCAGCAGGUUUGGGGUGGCUCUCCAGCAUCCCUGCAGAUCUCAUCUCGGCCAGCCCAUCUGGUAAUUCUCUCGGGGCACAAAAAGUGGCCAGUUGGCUGGAAUCAUCCUGUCCACCUCCUUCAGCCCCAAAUCCAUGAGCUGCUCUGAAGGAUAAAGGCUUUUGGUGGCCUUCUGCCUCUGAUGGCUCCUCCUGGACGAGCCAUGGGGGGCAGGCAUGGUGGGAUCCCAGUUCCACCCCUGGCUGAGGUGGGUUGCAGUGGUUGUUUUACACAAAACCAACACUUGGAAAUGUAAAUGUUACAAAUUGGGGCUUUUUAUUUCUCUUUUUACUAUGACCUUUCAACGUCAGCAAAAUCAAAGGGAAGGCGAGGAGCGCGGGUUCAUGAGGUUUUUGGUUUUUCCAUCAGUGACGAGGUGGCUGGAUGAGAAUCUGCCCACCAGAGGCAAGGAAGGGGACACAGGGAAGUCAAGGGUUCCACAGCCCUCAGGAGGGUUGAGGGACUUCUGCUCUGAGACCACCCGUAGCAGAAUGGUCCCAAGGAACUGCCCAACACUCGGCUUCCUCCUCCCAAAAGAAAUCCUUAGAGACUCCACGUGCAACAAAAGUCAAUGGAGAGGAGAAAAAAGAAAGUAAGAAGAAAAAGAAAUCUUCUUAAAACUGCAUCAAACUUUUUCUUUUUAAUCCACAUCAACUUCUUAAACAAGCGACGUUUUGCAGAUGAUUGGUUCCUUCAGGUGUUUUUUUGUCUACGAUUUGGAGUCAUUGUAAAAUAUCCAAAGAUGCUGAGUACUGUAUGAUCUACAAGGACUUGAAGCAAGGUGUUUUUUCUGUCUCGGUUUGUUUGUUAGGUCGGUUGGGUUCUUUUUUUUUUUUUUUCCUAUAUGUCUAAGUGGGGAUAAACCUUUGCAAUUUUUCUAUUUAUAACUAUUUUUAUGUGAUUGCUUUAUGUACAAAACAAUGGAAAAAAAUCAAAACAAAAAAGUAGAGAGGAACACACACGUACACAAACAAGUUUGCCUUAGUUACUCACGGGACAAUCACCCUUAACUUUGAUUGAUGCUAAAAAGCGGAUGGAAAAAAAAGAGACCUGAUCAUUUUAUGUAUUUAUUAAACUGUAUUAAUUGAUGCUUUUAAAUUAUUAGCAGGACUUGAUUAUCUUGCCUGUGGCCAUGGUGAGAAGGCAAAGCCGCUGCGGUUGCUGAGCUGCCAGCACAGCCAUCCGUGUGGCCUCAGCUCUGUGGAUGUUUGCCUGACACCUUUUGGAAAGCCAGAAUAAUCACUUAUUAAUUAAAGAUUGGGCUGGUAUGGGCUCCAGCCCGAGGGGGUUGGCGUUGCAAUGCUGAUGACAAUUAUGGAGUUAAGGUUGAUUUUCCCGCGUUGGCGCUGGGUUGGGUAGGGCUGGAGGGAGCUGAGCGCUGGCAGUGAUCAUCUUUUGGGGUGUAGAGGGAUGUUUAGAGAAAACUCUUGUUUCUUCCUGUUUUGGUGUUGUGUGGUGAGUCCAGGCCACAGGUAUCCACAUGGGAGCCCAGCUGAGUGUGAAGGUGCCUUCCUGGGGAUCUGCUCCCGUUUCCCAAGCAGGGCGGGUGUAAUGAGCACCAAACCUCGGCCUGGAGGGACACGAGUUCUGUCCCUGCUCACUGUCUGGUGGCUUCUGGUUCAUCCCACCCUGGCUCCUAUGGCCUGGCUGCAGCAGGGGCAGCAGGGCAGGGGGGAUUCUGCCCCUGUGCCCGUGGGCUCAGGUGAGACCCCACCUGCAGAGCUGCCCCAGCCCUGGCUCCAACAGCACAAGGACCUGGAGCUGCUGCAGCCAGUGCAGAGGAGGGCACGGAGAUGCUGCCAGGGCUGGAGCCCCUCUGCUCUGGAGCCAGCCUGGCACAGCUGGGGCUGCUCACCUGCACAAGAGAAGGCUCCAGGGACACCUCAGAGCCCCUGCCAGGGCCUCAAGGCAUUUUAGAAAAAAGAUGGGGCAAACAGUUUAGCAGGGCCUAUGUGACAGAACAAGAGAUGUUUUAAACUGAAAGAAAGGAGAUUCGGUCUAGAUAGAAGAAAGAAAUUUUUUACAAUGAGGGUGGCAAAACACUGAAACAAGUUGCCCAAAGAGAUGGUGACUGCCCCUGGAUCCCUGGAAGUGUCCAAGGCCAGGUUGGACAGGGCUUGAAGCAACAUGGGAGAGUGGAAGGUGUCCCUGCCCAUGGCAGGAGGUGGGAUUAAUUGACCCUUAAAGGUCCCUUCCAGCUCAAAUCUUCUGAUGAUUCUAUGAUUAUAUGAACACAAAUGACACAAACAUUAGCCCUCUAAUUCAUGUGGUCACACAGAAAUUGCAGAAUUCCUUUGCUGUUUUUGAAUGAGGUGCCAAAGCCUGGAAGAUAAGCUUCAGCUAGGAACGGUGGGACUCAUCCCACAUUGUUCAGCCAUUGGAGGUGAAGUAAACAGGUACCCUGAGCCUAUUGAGACACCUACAUGUUGUCCUGCAGCCUGCAACAUGAUAAUUUCCAGCCUGCCUCUGAAGCCAUCCUGGCUCUGGAGGGAGGCAGGUUCUGAUGGAGGGUGAUUCACCCCACCUACACUGGACCUCCCAGGGGUGGGAUGAGUCACCUUUGAGCACCUCUCUGCUACCUACCAGCGUGCUGUGCUUUCCCAGAGCUCACUGAGAUAAGGUUAACCACGGGGAGGGAUGUUCCCACCAGCACCACUCCCUUCUCUCUGCUCAGCUCAUGGGACAGACCCUGGAAAAACCUUUCCCAAGAGGAUGAGGUGCUGGUACAGCCCAGGGACCCAGGUCAGGCAUCUUGAUUUAACUGGGAACACUAUGGGAAGUAAAGGUCUGUAUCAAACCUCCCAAGCCUGGGCACCAGGGAUUCAGGCUCAUGGGUCGUACACCCUGCUGCAAUCCCAGUAAAACUUCCCAAGUUCUUACAGCCACAGGUCAUUUUCCUCCCUUUACACUUCACAGAAGGACUCCACAGCGUCAGGUGCUUGGGUGUGGUCCAGAUCUGCAGGCAGAGUCCAGAAAUGUGACUUGGGAACAAAGUAAUACAAUCCCUCUCCCAGGGCAGGUGAUUGAUUGUUGAGCAGCUCCUCUGUGCUUGGAGCCUACAGGAGACCAUGGCAGGGUCAGCCAUAAACUGUGUGGUUUCAAGCACAAAAAAAUCCCCAUAUGAAAAUUGUGUGAAUUACUUUUUAGCUAUUUAAAUACACCUGUAACUUCUUUUUUUUUCAGCUCUUGUGGCUUUUAACCCCAUUUUCUGCUCAUGUUCUGGUUUGCUUAUGAUGCCAGAACAACAACAACAACAACAAAAUAAAAAAAAAGAUAGAUUUGUAAGGGGAGGGUGAAAAAAAAAAAUCUAAAAAUCGCUCGGAGGAGCUGUGCAUUAAUCAGACACAUGGGAAUCACGGGAAAAAAACAGCUUCAGUAAAUGCUUGUUAGCAACAACAUAUGGCUACCUGCUUGCUCCUGAACAGCUGCUGUUAUCUGCUGGAGCAUCCAGGCUGUGCAGGGGGAACGGCACCGGGGUGAUGCUGUGCACGCAGCGUUUGCUUGGACCAGGUGUUGCUGCCAAAGGAGCAUCUCCUGGCACGAGUGGCAGGGAGCUGGAGGGGCAAACCCUUUCCCUGGGCUUGAAACCCUUUUGCUAAGCAGUGCAAGAGCCUCUUCCUGCAGUUGUGCAGAAGGAAAUUACAUAGAGAAAAAAAUAUUUGUGUUUUAAGAAGGGAAGAAAGAGCCUGCCGUUUGGGAAGUGAGAGGCUUUUCCAUUUGGCAGUCACCUGCAGGAAAAAAAUAAAGGGAAUAAUUUUGCAAAGUACAGCCUGAAAUGUUUUAGACUUGAAUGUGUCAGCAGGACUCCUGGCAGCACCAGUGAGGCUGCAAAUGCUGCCCAGUCUCUGCUCCACUUGUGCUCUGCCUGCAGCCCCCUGGGACCUGCUAGGUCCCCCAUCCUUUUCCAUCCAUUUUGGAGGGGAUUAGUGCUUUAUUUACAGUCUCGGUGCCCUGAAGCUGGAAUAUUGUGUGGUUGCAGAGGAAACUUUUAAGGUAAGAGAGUACAUGAAGCAAGACCCCAACCAUCUCAUUUUAAGAAAAUGAUGUGCUUGGCAGCAGAUCACCCGUGGCUGGGUUUUCAAGAUCUGCCAUUGCCUUUUGGUACCUCUGACUGUGUGCACCUGUUUUUCUUUCCAAGCCAAAAACAAAAAGGGAAGAACUGAGAAAAAUCCCUUCUUGUAGAAGAUACACCCUCUAUAGUCCGAGCCUGAGUGAACUCCUCCCCAUCCCACCUCCCAGCCCCACCUCUGGGAUCUCCAGCAGAGGGAGAGAAAAUACCUGUGGCUUGGAAAUACCUUUUUUCCCUUCGUGUUUUUCUCUGUUGAACCAAUGUUUUACAUGACUUGCACUAUUUGCUGUAGGGCAGGAUACUGUUUAGGUUUCUUUGUUCCAGUCUCUUGUUUGGUUGCGACUCCUCUUGGCCUGUACACGUACCUGCUGCACAUCUUACACCCCUGGAGAAAAUAAACUGUUACCUGAA